UGGGAGCGAGGGAGGAGAGAGCGGGCUGCCCACCAAUCUGCAAGCUGUCCUUUCCGUGGAGCGCUGUCCAGGGAGCGUGGUGCUGAAACUUCAUCCGACUCCCCCAACCACUACCAAAGCAGGCAGGCAGACACAGCACACUCCGCGCUGGGAGCUGUUCAACAAACGACCUUCCUGAAAGCGAGCAACUUCUUUCAGGCAGCGCCAUGGCAUUCAUCGUCAAGAACAUGGUAGGCGGACAGUUGAAAAACUUGACGGGGGGACUUGGCGACGAUAAGGGCGAUGGAGAAAAGUCGGAAGCUGCAGCCCAAGGCAUGACACGAGAGGAGUUUGAGGAAUACCAACGGCAGCUGGUAGAAGAAAAGAUGGAGCGUGAUGCCAAUUUUGCUCAAAAAAAGGCAGAACGAGCAACAUUGAGAACACAUUUAAGAGACAAAUACAAGCUCCCAAAGAGUGAAUUAGAUGAAAGCCAGAUCCAAUUGGCUGGCGGUGAUGUGGAACUGCCUAAGGAGCUGGCGAAAAUGAUCGAAGAGGAUAAUGAGGAGGAGGCAGAGAAGGACUCGGUGUUGGGGCAGUUGGCCAACAUUCAGAGCCUUGACCUCGACCACUUGAAAGACAAAGCUCAAGCAACUCUGCAAGACUUCAAGCAAACGGCAGAGAAGUGUUGCCUCAUGUGAGAAAGGGGGAUCAGUUUCCAUAAUACUCACAGUGACAUAAUGGAUAACGAGAAUUACAGACUAUGAGACAGUGACCUGAAAAAAGCAAAAGGUCAUGGUGAAUAAAAUGCAAAAAUUGUUUAGACACAAAUCAGGUGCAGUUUGCAAAAUCUUGACUGUACAAUUUACACACCAGUGAGAUUUUCUAGCUUACUCCAAUGUCUGGUUUCUUUUGCUUUGAGUUGCAUUAAUUUGUAAUGCUGAGUGAGGUUUUGGCUUGACUACCUGAACGUGGGGCAUGGUGAAUCAAUGUUUCUCUUCUCAAUAGCCCUGGUGUAUUUCACUGUCCAAUAAGGGUCAUAGGGAGCAUUAUAGGAACAUGGCGAAAUUGACCUAAUCUGCAAAUUGCUUAGUUGUUUCGCACUGUCAAUGAAAGACUUGUUACAUAGUUGAUGCUCCAACUAGAUGAUGCAGAAGGUGCAAUGGGUCAAAAUUUGACAACCAGUAAAUUAUAUAAUUAAAUGGUUUUCUUUAAAUUAUUACUCAUUGUGGUUGUCCUGCAACAACUACGUUAAUCCUGAGGUGCUAAGAAUUACACUAACAACAAAGAUAAUCAGCUAUGCUUGCUUGCUAGGAGCUACAUAUUGCACGGAUCCUGUACCAUGUAGGGAAGAGUCUUUUCUGAAUUAAACAAAAGCACGGGAAAACAGUAGACCCCCAGUGCAUUCUCCAUGGUAAAGCCUUGAUGAAUAAAUAUCAACUUACCAACCAAUCAGGCCCCUUUUCUCAUGCAGUAUAAAUUGUUGUUCAUGUUAAAAUUUAGAAUUCUUGUGUUUGUCCUGAUGAGUGCAAGACAAAAGGAAUUGAUACCAUGUCUUUUUGAUCAGUAAAAUUGCUUUCUUUGUCUGAUACAAAACAACUGAUUGGCUUCACAGUGGCUCAGUGGUUAGCACUGCUGCCUCAUAGCAUCAGGGACCCGGGUUCAAGUUAUAGCCUUGGCUGACUGCCUGUGAGGAGUUUCCUCUGGGUGCUCUGGUUUCCUCCCACAGCCCAAAGAUGGACAAGUUAGGUGGAUUGGCAAUGCUAAACUGCCCAUUGUGUCCAGGGAUAUGCAUGCUGAGUGGAUUAGCCAUGGGAAAUGCAGGGUUAUAGGGAUAGGACAGGAGUGUGGGUCUGCGUGGGAUGCUCUUCAGAGGGUCAAGGUGGACUCAAUGGGCUGAAUGGCCUGCUUCAACACUGUAAGGAUUCUUACAAAAAACAGUGAUACGGUGACUCUGUGGUUAGCACUGCUGCUCACAGUGCCAGGGACCUGGGUUCAAUUCUAGCCUUGGGCGUAUGCCUAUGUGGAGUUUGCACGUUAUCCCUGUGAAUGCAUGGGUUUCCUCCAGUUGCUCUGAUUUCCUUGUGAAUUCCAAAGAUGUGCAGGUUAGUUGGAUUGGCCAUGCUAAAUUGUCCAUUGCAUCCAGAGAUGUGUAAGCCAGAUGAGUUAACCAUGAGAAAUGUAGGGUGUUAUGGGUCUGGGUCUGGGUGAGAUGCUUUCCAAAGGCUGGCAUGAACUCGAUGGGCUGAAUGGCCUCUUCCAUACUGUAGGAUUCCAUGAUUCCUUGAACUCUUCAGCAAUUCAAUAGCAGUUACAGUGGGCCGAAGGAAAGUGAAGGUGAUGGUGUUCCUUCCCAAAAAGGCAUUAUUAAACCCAAUGAGAUGUGACCAAUACCAACUUUUUAUUUCCACUUGUUUUCUAUCUAACUUGAAUUCAAAUUAUCAUCCUUGUGAUGUUUGAACUCAGAAAUUCUGACUCAUCAAUCUAUGACUCCAGAUAGCCCACUAAUAUAACCAUUUAACUGCCUUGCCUGGAUUAUGAUGCUACAUGUUAACAUUCAGUCACAUGGCUUCAUCAGAUUAACCUUGCAAUUAAUUUCCUUGCUUUUUCAUGGUGCAAAGCCCAUAAGAUAUGGGAGCACAAUUAGGCCACUAUUAGGCUGACCGAGUCUGCUCUAUCAUUUGAUCAUGGCUGGUACGUUUCUCAACUCAUUCUCCUGUCUUCUCCCUACAACCCUUGAUCCCCUUACUAAUCAAAAGCCUAUCUAUCUCUGUCUUAAAUAUACUCAGUGAUUUGGCCUCCGCAGUCUUCUGUGGCAAUGAGUUCCAUUAGAUUCACAACAAUCUGGUUGAAGAAAUUCCUCAUGAGUUCUAAAUGGUUGUCUCUUCAUUCUGAGACAGUGCUCUCAGGUCUUAACCUGUUCCACUAGCAGAAACAUCUUCUCCACAUUCACUCUUUCCAGUCCUCUCAGUAUUCUGUGAGCUUCAAUUCAAUCCCCCUCAUCCUUCUAAACUCCGAGUAUGAACCCAGAGUCCUCAACAGGUGCUCAUAUGACAAGCCCUUCAUCCCUAGGAUCAUUUUUGUAAUGACCUCAUCCAAUGCCAGCACAUCCUUCUUAGAUACAGGGCCCAAAACUGCUCACACUAUUCAAUAUGUGGUCUGACAAGAGUCUUAUACCACCUCAGCAGUACAUCACUGCUCUUGUACUCUAGUCCUCCUGAAAUGAAGGCUAAUAUUGCAUUGGCCUUACUAACUGCUGUCUGAACCUGCACAAUAACCUUGAGAGAAUCCCAAACUAGGACUCCUAGUUUAGGAGGAAAUUUAAGAGGACAUUUAAUGGCCAACCACAACCACAAAUUGCAUGUUGGAAAGACUGAGUAAGGAUGGGAAAUUUCCAAUCCUAAAGAUAUGACUGAAGCAAAUGGUUAGUCUAAUAAUUGACGACAGUUACUAUGGUCACCAAUACGAAGAUUAGCUUGACAUUCCCAGAUGCAUGCAAAGUGAGUUUGAGGCAAGAUAUUUUCUAAACAGCCUGUAUAGAGAUGCUAUUACACACCUUAGGAGCAGUUGGAACUUGAACCCAGGCCUAUAAUUGACUUCCACUAUUGGAUCUAGAAAUCAGGUGCAGAGAGGAAGGUUUAUCAUGGUGUUAAAUACAAAUAGAAAUUCAAGCAGGUGUAAAAGUACUUUGUAGAAUUCUUUAGUUGUCACUCUUAACUUUGUUAAAUUUGCCUACAGCAUCUGCUACUUUUAUCGAGAGUGCAAUAGAUUUGAAAUUGCCUAACUCCAAUGCUUUAAACCUUAGUUCAGAGUCAAUAGGCCUGUGCGCUGCACUGCAAAUUCCUUUCUUUCUACUAGAUAACAAAAGCUUUUAACUGGCAGGAUAGUAUGCAAGGAAAGCCAAUCUCUGGACACUACUUGGGAACAGCAUUGGCAGUUUGGGAACUGCCACUUAAUGAGCAAAGGAACAUAUCAAUGGUAGGCACAGCCCAGGUCAAUGGUUUCCAGACUUUUUGCUGGUGUGACCCCCGUUAAUGACUUAGACUUCCUAUGACCUUUAGACUGAAAUAUCUGAAGGUAGAUAGCUGUUGAACCUUGCUGGGAAGGUUAGUUCUAGGCUGGAGGUGAUGUGGAUGACUGGAGUUAAGUGUGGGAACAAAAACAAAGUUACUGCAAAAGCUCAGCAGGUCUGGCAGCAUCUGCGGAGGAGAGAACAGAGUUAAUGUUUUGGGUCCGGUGACUCUUCCUCAGAAGUGUGGGUACGAUCGGUUGAAUGGUACUUUCUCUAAUUGAAAAGUGAAUACCUAUCUAUCCGUUAGAUUUUUUGCAGCAGCAGCAAUCAGCCCUUUACAGCUGUCCAUUAGGUCACACCCACCGAUAAAAAUUAACUGCAAACAUUUACAGGGGGCCUCAGCGCUGUCAGAAAGCAGGCUGACCUUCAAUUCACAGCUACAAGUGCUGCAAAAAGUUUGCGACACCGAGAUCUCAUCCUAUGACCUACCUCGACCCAGUUUGGGAAGACCCGUGUAGAGAGGAAAGUAUAUCCACUUAUCUUGAUGAAUUAACAUUUUUUCUACUGUGCACAAAUGUAAAUUGCCAAUUAAGAGCAAGAUUUUCUUGUUCUCAGAGAAAAUAAUGAGUUAAUAUUUAUGACUACUGAUCCAGGAGCUCUGUGUGCAAGUCUUGCUCCAGGACUUUGUACAGGACGUUGGUUAGGCCACUUUUAGAAUACUGCAUUCAAUUCUUCUCUCUCUGCUAUAAGAAAGAUUUUGUUAAACUUGAAAUGAUACAGAAAAGAUUUACAAGGAUGUUGCUAGAGUCGAAGGGCUUGAGCUAUAGGGAGAGGUUGAAUAGGCUGGACAAGUUGGAUAGAAGGGUGGGUUCCUGUGCCAUACAACUCUAUGCCUUAGCAACUAAGGAAGCUGCGUUCAUAAGCAACCAGUUUGAGUAUCAACCUGCAAAGCCUUCGAACACUCAUGAAUGGCAGGCAGCAAGAGUGGGAGAGAUUCCUGGUCAGCUAAGCAACACAUCAAAAUUGGACCCUCGAUUAUGACUGUCUACAGCUGUAAGGUACCAUGCACAUAUCGCAACAACCUGGACUCCACGAAGGGCUGGUUGGUUUGGCAGCCAGCAUGGUCCAAAUUGGUUCAAUACCCCCAUUCCACUGGUGGGUGGUUUGUAAAUUAUCACCUUGCCCCUAUACAUUGUCAACCAGCCUUUGUGUAAAAAAGUGAAACACACUCCUUGUUAAUCUAAUUGAAUGAAUGAUCUUAAUUCCCUCUUGAUUAAAUAAACUCUGCAGUGGGAGGGAUUUCUUGACAAUCAGUAGUAGUGCUCCUACCUCUGAGCCAGAAGGCCACUCUGCUCCAGCAGUGUGUUAAUAACUUGUCCCAGCAUAUUAAUUCAAAAUAUCCAAUUUGUUAAGCUUGAUGUGUGCAUGAAUCUGAAGUCCGAUCUAUAGCAGGCUUAGGCCCAGAGCUUUAAAACCUAAUUGGGUCAUUAGUCAUCACCAGGGAACUCAGAAGGAGUAGUGCAUGUCAUUAACAUGCACCCGAAGAUUUGUCAUUGUUCUCCCCACCCUCAGGGAGCAGGGACAGUCUUUUCUGUUAGGGCCUCUAAAUGCGGGACAAUAGCGUCCACACGGCAAUUUGCAUGGCCCACAGCGAGGGAAUUAAAAUAAAGUUGUUGCAUAAGUUAUUUUUCUCUUUAAAUGAUGGGAAUAGUUCAAAACGCGGAGUGUGUAAACAUUUCACUAUUCAUUGCAAAUGAAUUUGAUCUUUAUUUAUAUUGACACUUAACAAAUGAAAAAAAAUUAAAAAGUAAACACUCUGAGUACAUAUAUUUUACAUUGAAAGAGCAAAAUUCAUUUUCAUCCUUCCACUAUGAAAAUUGUUAAAUAUUUCCUUCAUGUUG